AUGAGUGAAGAGACGAAGAAGGCUUCUCAGCCUGCCAACAUCAACCGUGAUGGUGAGAAGAUUGUGGUAUGUUGCUGUGUUAUAGCAGAAGGACUGACAUCAUGGAAGGAUAUGGAGUACUAUGAACUGCUCGAAGUGCGUGGCGAUGCGACCGAAUUGGAAUUGAAGAAGGCAUAUCGCAAGGCCGCCAUCAAGAACCAUCCAGACAAAGGAGGCGAUGAGGAAAAGUUCAAAAUGAUUGGUGAGGCGUAUCGUGUGCUGAGCGACUCGAACGCUCGUGCCGAUUACGACCGGUAUGGCAAGAAGAAGCCUACGGAUGAAGUUGGUCUGAAGGAGGCCACUGAGAUGUUUGGCAACCUGUUCGGUGGCGAGCGCUUUGUGGACCUGAUUGGCGAAAUCAGUCUCAUUAAGGACUUUGGCCGUGCCUCGGAAAUUAUGAUGACUGACGAGGAACGCGAAGAGAUGGAACGUCAGAUGAGUGAGAGUAUGAACAAGGACAAAGUCGACGGCAGUGAGGCCACCACAACGACUUCGGGUGCAUCCACGUCGACGGCGGCCAAGCAGGAGAAGGAAAAGCACCAGAAGCACAAGAUCACACCUGAGCAACGCCAGAAGCUUGAAGAAUUUGAAAAGGAAAAAUCUGAGAAAGAAAAGAAGCGUAUUGAAGAGCUCACGGAAAAGCUCAAGGACCGUAUCCGCCCCUUUGUUGAGGCUCGCAACCCUGGUGCACCAGAUGACAGUGAGACGGAGAUCUUCACGAAGCGUAUGAAGGAGGAGGCUGAAGACCUUAAGCUGGAGUCGUUUGGUGUUGAGCUCUUGCACACGAUUGGUACUGUGUACAUUACGAAGAGUAAUACGUGGCUCAAGACAAAGCGCGGCAACUUUUUGGGUAUGCCAGGCUUCUGGAACCGUCUCAAAGAGCGCGGUGGUAUGAUCAAGGAGACGUGGAAUGUCAUGGGCAGUGCUAUGAAUGUUCAGGCAGGCAUGGAGGAACUGGCCCGCCGCCAAGAAAAGGGUGAUCUUACCGAGGAGGAGAUGGCACAGCUUGAGCAGGAUGUGAAUGGCCGCAUGCUCUUGGCGACGUGGCGCGGAACACGUUGGGAAGUCAACGGUGUGCUUCGUCAUGUGUGCGACAAUGUGCUCAAUGAAAAAGGCGUGCCGGACAAGGUCCUUAUCCAGCGUGCGCGUGCGCUGGCCUACCUCGGUGCCAUCUACAAGAGCGUCGUGCCUGAUGAGUCGGAUGAUGAGCGCCGUGAAUUGGAGCGCCUUGUUGCACAGGCCGCACAAAAGAAGAAGAAGAAGCGUAGCAAGGAAGCCAAGGAAGGUUCUCACAAGCUGUUCCUGCGUGGCUAA